AUGUCGAGUGAAUUAAUUUGUGCCGAUGUUUUCGAGCUCAUCCUUAUGCGACUUCCCGUCAAGUCUCUCUAUCGAUUCAAAUCUGUCGCCAAGUCAUGGAAUCACACCAUCUCCGAAGCUGUGUCAAACCGAGACUUUAUGCUUGCGCAUCGUCGUCAUUCCAAGAUCCAUUCAUCGUCCAAGAAGAACAUGUUUCUUGCAUUAUGGUCCUUUGAUGCUGCAUUAAUCUCCCUCUCUAAAUUGGAAAAUAAUGAAUUAAAGCUGUUGCCGGUGGACCUCGAACGCCGGGGAAGUUUCGUCGGUCGAGUGGAAUCCUGCGAUGGCCUAAUACUCAUUCUAUGGAAGUCUUGCGCAAAACGCUCUAUCCAUCUUUGGAAUCCAUCUGCUAGAAAGUAUACGAAUUUGGGGACCCCUUUUUCAUAUCCCCGCGGUACAAAUUCGGGGAACCUUUUUGCGUAUCCUUAUGUUUUCACAUGCGGCAUUGGUUUCGAUCCAAUAUCGAAAGACUAUAAAAUAGUAGCCGCCAAUGUGAGUAUGAAACAAUACUCGGUGUUUAACAGCAAAAGAAGGUGUUGGAACGAGUCGAAGAUUAUGGAGAUAACAAUCGCGGAUGACAUUAGAAGCUUCUCCUUGGACGGUCAUAUUUGUUUGCAAGAAGGGUAUGAAAAACAAGAAGAAACAAAUAGCUACGAUAUUAAGCUGGUUUUAUUCAACCCGAGGGACAACAAGUUCUAUCAAUGUGUUUACAAUACAGGACAAGGAUCGAGCACUGCAACGUCGUAUUGUCUUUACGCUUGUUCGCAUGGCCAAUUUUGCGCGCUCAUUGGUGAUAUGAAUAGUGACGUGUGCCGUGUUGUGUGGAAGAAAAGAAGCGGCGAAUGGUCGGAGUUUGAUGGCGUGGCAGUUCCGUGGACGAUGUAUCAUAAGUUUGACGAUGACGAUUUGAUCGAUGGGCUGUCGAUCCGUAUGUUGUUUACCGACGAUGAUGGAGAGCUUAUAUUCAGUUUUGGUUAUCGUAAAGUCUUAGUCUAUAGUUUGAUCGAAAAGACGAGUAAAUUGAUGGUAAAACCAGAUGGUGUAGUUCGAGGAUAUCCGUUGAUAGGAUAUUCAGAUAAUCUUUUCUUCGGUAACUGA